CUCCUACUUUUGUUUCUGGACUCUUACCCUGGGUUGAACGACAUACUGAGACACCAUGCGUUUUCAAACCAUUGUGGCCGCAUGCUUUGCGACCACCGCUUUGGCUGUCUCGAACCCCCACAAGCGUGCCCCCAAGAGAGUCUUCACUCCCAACACGCCCGAGACACAGUCACAGUCCUUGACCAAGCGUGCAUCGCCGAAAUACCUGACGCAAAAGACCAAGAAAUUCGCCGUAAAUGGAACCGGUGUACCUAUGGUCGAUUUUGACAUCGGCGAGUCCUAUGCAGGUACAUUGUCAAUCAACAACAAUGCCAGUAACGAGAAUCAGCUUUUUUUCUGGUUCUUCCCCUCGGACAACCCGGAUGCAUCGGACGAGAUCACCAUCUGGCUGAACGGUGGUCCUGGGUGCAGCUCCCUCGACGGCCUGCUGCAAGAACACGGCCCGUUCCUGUGGCAGUCAGGCACCUACAAGCCGCAACCAAAUCCCUUCUCGUGGACCAACCUUACCAACAUGGUCUACGUUGACCAACCGGUCGGCACGGGGUUGUCUCCGGCGGCCAAAGGUGCACCGGCGAAGAUCACAAGCGAGACACAGGUGACUGAAGACUUUGCCGGAUUCUGGAAGAACUUUAUGACCACGUUCAACAUGACUGGUCGCAAAGUGUACAUCACUGGUGAAUCUUAUGCCGGCCAGUACGUUCCGUACAUUGCGAGUCACUUUCUCGACCUGAACGAUACCGAUUACUACAACGUCAAGGGCAUUCAGAUUAAUGACCCCAGUAUUGGUCUUGACGAGGUGUUGAUUUACACACCCGCAGUAACUCAUCUGAACAACUACGCUCCCGUCUUUGCUCUCAACGAAUCCUUCAUGACCUCGAUCAACGAACGGGCCGAAAAAUGCGGCUACUUUGACUUUAUGGAGGAAGCACUCACCUUCCCACCCAAGGGCAAAUUCACUGCUCCCAACGUCACCGCGCCAGGUUGUGACACGUGGGAUGACAUAGUCACUGCAGCUAUCUACGUCAACCCUUGCUUCAACAUCUACCAUCUCACGGACUUUUGCCCAUUCCUGUGGGACGAACUGGGCUUCCCAUCCCUUGGUAAUGGUCCGAACAACUACUUCAAUCGAAGCGACGUGCAAAAGGCCCUCCACGCCCCUCCCACCGACUUCACGAUCUGCGGCGACAAAAGCCUCGGCCUCAUCCAAAACGACGCCUCUCCCCCUUCGAGCUUCGAAGCGCUCCCGUCCGUCAUUGAGCGCACCAACAACGUCAUCGUCGGCAGUGGCAUGCUGGAUUUCCUCCUCCUGACCAACGGCACUCUCAUGACGCUCAACAACAUGACGUGGAACGGCCAGCAGGGGUUCAGUAAGGACCCGAUGAACAGCGGCGACUUCUUCACCCCCUACAACCCUUCGAUCGGGUUUGUGGUAGAGGAGACCUCGAACCAGCCCAUCCCAGCCACGCCCGUCGGGUUGGUCGGCGGCGGUGGACUACUGGGCAAGACGCACACGGAGCGCGGCCUCACGUGGGUCACGGUCGACCUGGCCGGCCACGAGAUCCCCCAGUACGUCCCCGGCGCCGCGUACCGGCAGCUCGAGUUCCUGCUGGGCCGGAUCGACAGCCUGACCGUCGUCGGGAGCUUCACCACCCAGCACGGGAAUUACACGGGCACCGUCCCGCCGAACCCGUACUACGGACCCACGAGCACGGCCGUGGCUUUCAGAGCGUAAGCCAAUAGACACUCUACAUCGACAGUAAUAAGUGACAUUUGACAAUCACAUCCACAUCGAUAAUGUUCUCCCCCGAGAGGGGAUGAAGUGAGUCGCUAUCUCCGUACACACAUCUAAUUAAAAUCCUCGUACACUGUGAAUGUGUAUCGGUCGGAGAUGAAGCACGUGGGGACCUGUAGACUUGCACCACUAGCGACGUCAUGUGCGACUGUCAUAAGUGUGCUGCGUUGGUGUCAAUGCCGGAUUAAUUUAAAAAUUAUCAAGAAAUACUAAGAAAUAAAAAUGAAAAUGAAUUGAACUGA